AUGGACUUGAAUUAUGAUCACUUGAGGUAAGGUUAAAAUUUGUUAUUUUUGUUUGAAUUUUAGGUAAUAAGUGGACAAGUUUUGAUUGGAAAUGCUUUUUUAAAGAAGAUUAUCAUAAUUUUUGUAUUAUGCAGCUAUCUUUGAGGUUUCAUAGCAUUAUAUCAAGGCUAAUAGUUGAUAUUACUCAUUUCAGGAAGGAUCCGCCAACUUUAUUCGAUGUUUUUUGUGAGGUGGAUGGAUCAGGUCCGGAACCCGUGAUAAAAUCAGUAUAUCCAUCUGAUUUUAACGAUGAGCGAUUGUUAAGGUCGAUCUGCGAGUUCUCCUUUCCGGUUGGGACAGGGGAUAACAAGUAUGUUGUAAUAUCAUCUGAUUUUGUUUAUCUUCUACAAUAAUAUUGUUUUUAUGAGAUUUUUGUUUUCAAAACAUUUUUUUCGGGGUUUUUUGAUCUUUCAGCUUUAAAUUUAUAAUGUUUUUUUAAAAGCGUUAAAAUUAUUAGCUAUGAAAAUCAAAAACAGGAUAUUUUAAUGCUUUAGAACAAUAUAAAGCGUUAUAUUGUUUUUGGAACUGAAAACACUAUAACAUCACAAAACAUAAAUAAUAUUGGAUAUAAUACAGCAAUUUCUGCAGCAAAAUUUUUUACGAUCUUCAAAUAUUAAAGUAAUGUGUUUGUUUAUAGUGUGAGUGGAUACGACGAUGAUAAUGCUGUUCAAAUGUUUACUUUCCUAUUGAUUGACGGGUCAACACACUACACUUUCGGUUACUGUAAAUUCACACCUCAUUCGAAGACAUGUACUUGCAUUUUAUCGUGAGUUUUUUUGUUUAUUUUUAUUGUUUAGGUAAAAAUAUAUGAAAAGUACGAUUUUGGUUGGUAAACAUUGAGAAUACUGAUAUUUUAAGUUUUUUUGGCUUAAAAUUGUUGGUUUUUGAUGUCUUUUUUAAUGCUUUUUGUUAAUUUUCUUGUCGUUUUAGCGGAUACUCAUAUACCUCAUUGUUUUACAAGCUAUUAAACCAUUUAACGAUGGUCGAAAGAAAAUGUGUAAGUUUGGGUAAUUUUUCUACUUUUAUCAUUAUUUUAAUCUAAACCAUCUCUUUCGGUUUAAUACCUAUUAUAAUAUGCCUAUAUUAUCUACUAUGAUAUGUAUAAUCCUAUACCUACUUUAAGAAGUCUAUAUUUUCAGCCAGAAGACCUCGAGCUAGUCCUAGCUAAUGCUUAUCAUAUUUAUGUCCCAGGUCCACAUCAGAUGUUGGAAUUGGUGGAGUGCAAACCUCAAUGGCAUUUUCGACAUCCAAUUCCGGACAUCAAAGCAUUGGCUUCGUUAAACGAUGACAAGUUGAUGUUGGAAUUCUACAAUAUUCUGUCAGAGAAGCAGAUGAUUACACUGUAUACUAGGUAAGAUAAUGUUAUUGUAGGUAAAGUAUUGUUACUGUAGGAGACUCAACUUUUUAAUAGCUUGAUUUUUAUCAAAAAUUUUGCAUAGAGUAUGAACUAUGUCGUAUUUUACACUGUUUUUUUAAAUUAUAAGCACAAAUGCAAAAAAGUCAUAAAAUCUAUGUUGUAGUUGGUAGCUAAGAUAAUACAGUAAAACUAAAGUUAUGUUUUAGUAAAUAACAAAGUUCAUAUAGUGAAAUUUGUUUUCAGUGUGUUAAUGGAACGACAUAUUGUGAUAACAGGAAAGAAGUUGGGCCAACUCACGUCAAUUUGCUUUGCUUUGUCUAAAUUGCUGUGGCCAUUCAGUUGGCAAUGUCUGUUUUCGCCGAUUGUGCCAAAACAUCUUGGCACUAUGUUGGGGUAGGUUUAUAUUGAUAAUAAAAGAGUUUUUCAUAUUUUUUAAUUGUGUUUUUGUCUAAAAUGAAAAAAAGUUGUUAUUUAUGAUUUUUUAGUAUUUUAGGUAACAAAGUUUGUGAAAAAUUGGUUUUUAAAGUUAUUUUUGCUGAUUCUUUGAAGAUUUAGGUAAUAAAAUGUUAAGAAAUUGUCGUUUUUAAUAAAUUUUAUAAAUUAAAAAAUUUUUAAAGAAUUUUUAAAAACUUUAAAAAUAUUGUAUUUUAGUGCCCCACUGCCCUACAUUAUGGGAGUACCGAAGGUCGUACUGGAUUCAGCACGUGAUGUUUGUUUAGAUGAAGUUGUAGUAGCAGAUCUGGACCAAAAGUCGAUAAGAACACCUUUUAAAGAUCAAUUACCAUCAGAAGUUCACAAUUUUCUGAAGCACAAUCUGAAGCUCACUUCACAAAUGUUCACAUCAGAUUCGUUUUCAAGAACGUUUCUGAGAGCAAAUGCCAUUUUGUUUGGAAAGUAUAGACUGGGAUUCAAGAGGGAUCCCGAGACUAAAGGUAGGUUUAUAUUGUGAUAAAGUUUUUUUUGAAAAAAAAAUGAUUUUUGUGAAUUUUCGAUUUUUUAAAGAUUUUAAUUUUUGAAAUUAAGAUUUUCGUACUUUAGCCUUCGUAUGGGACUCAGAGAAGUUUGUGAAAGAAAACCGAUCAAGUCUACAGCCAUUUCUGCGUCAGAUGAUCAUCGAAAAUGGAUGUCAAUUCUUUGACGGGUUUGUAACAGAACGUUUGAAGCUGGCCAAUUCUGGCCAAACAACGUUCGACGAAUUUGAAGCUGAAAUCCAACGAUUUGAUCGAAAGGAAUUUAGUUCUAACGUAAGUUAUAGGGUAUUUGAAUCUGAAUUUAAUGUGAUUUACUGAAUUACAGUGAAACUUCUGUGUAACGAAUCGCCUGGGGAUUCAAAAUGCGUUUAUUAUGAAGGAGUUUCGGUAUAGAGGAGCUUUAAAUGCACUGUGUAGUUUCGUUAUACGAAAAUUUUGUAAUAGAAGAGUCUGUUAUACAGGAGUUUCACUGUAUAUGCUAAUUUUUAUUUUUCUUUUGUUUAUAUAAUCUAUCGCUUAUCAGUUGCUUAUUGACUAACUUGCAGAUUCUGCAAAGUAACGUGCCAGAAGGGUUUCAAAACGCUGUUUCCAAUGUAAGUUUGGCCAUUUGUUAUAUUGUCAUAGCUUUUAUCUAUGCUUUGCUUUUAUAGUACUAAAAAUUGAUUUUAUUUAUGAUGCAAAAAGAAUGGCGUGCACUUUUGUUGAGGAUUAGAAUUUGUUUCAAUAGCCAUUCUUUUUCAUCAACAAGUUUUAAGCGGAAAAAUAAUUUUUUUGUUGUUUUUAAGCUUUGAAAGACCAAGUUAAAUUUAAAUAUAUUUUUUUAAAUGCUUAAAAUGUUUUUUGUUACCUAAAUUCAAUAAUUUUAGACAUUUUUAUAAUUCAGCUACGUUGACUUUAUUAACAAACAGUAUUUCAGGUCAAAGACAAUGCGUCGGAUGUGAUUGGAGCGCUGAAAGGAAAGGUCCAGUCCAUGUCGAUCAGGAACAAGUUUGGUCGAUUAACUCCGAAAAACGGUCGAAAAACAUCGAAGAACAAACCCAAAUUGGACCCAUUAUCAGUUGACGCUUCAGCUUUCCAAUUCCAACCAAAUUCAGAUUCCUCGAACGAAGCAGAAUCCCCGAAUUCAGAAGAAUCUCUGAAUCUGAUCGAUUUCACCGAAGCUUCUGAAGAUCAACUCAGUAAAAGUGCACCAAUCAGCUCGAAUAUGGAUAAUGUUGGACUGAGUAUGAGUGCUGGUGGAUCGAAAAUGACAACUGUAGCAUCUGCUAUAGACACCGUAGGCUUAGCAUCGAGUUCUGGAAGUUCUAACAUUGGUAUUGGGACUAAGGCUCAGAAUGGCAUAGCUGGUACUUCGGUCAAUGAAAGCAACGAAUUGAGCGAGAUAUUCAGUGGAAGAUCGAGUUUAAAUGGAACAAAAACUAUUAUAUCCUACAACAACAGCAACCCCUUCAUGAACAACACCAUGUCAAGUCACAACAGCAAGAACGACUCGGCCAUAGACUUGGCGAAAGGCUCGGAAGAAGAACUAAACGAACUGGAUCUGUUUGACCCACUCAAAACAACAAUAAGAUCAAGACCGACGAACUCAACAACUAAUUCCAUCACAAACUCAUCGAUGAAUUCAUCGGGAAAUUCGUUCAGAGCCUCGGCUUCAGCUUCACCAUCCUCAACGUCAUCAACACCGUUUGUGAACCACAGCCCACUACCGUUCUCUGUAGCUCCACCUCCACCUAAGUCGAUGCCACCACCGCUGAAUUUGAAUCCAUUCAUGCAGAAUUCGUUUGCAACGCUACAGACUCCUACGCCAACCGUACCUUCGACUUGGGAGAAGUUUGACUGA